AUGGGAUAUUUUAAAAUGGCUAAAGCGACUCGAACUGAGCCAUCCGAAAAGGGAUUUCGCGCGUACUGGGACUGGUUCAAGCGCAGCGAGACAAAGAAAGGCCAUUCACUCGACGAUGUUCCCUCUCCAUACGAUCUAGAAGAAGUGGACGACGUCGGUUUCGACAUAUGGUCUCAGCACCUGGUUUCUAUCAUCCAGUCUCGGCCGUCUCUAGAAAGCUUUUUGAAUACUACCAGAGUCUCUAGAGUCUGA